AUGGCUAACAUCGAGGUACAAUCUAAACCUACUGAUAAAAGAUGUGCUAGAUGCGUAGACUUCGUUGCUAAGUGUGACAGAUACUCUCUCCAUAACAGUAACUUGAUUACUGAUCUGGAGAAGUCUAGAGAGUUAAUUAUCACGCUUUCUAGUGCCGACAAGGAACAUAGAAGUAAGGUGAUUGCCUUGAAAAAUGACAUCUCUGAGUUUGAGAGACGACUUGCUCAAGGGACUGUAAAGAAUCAAGAUUUAAAAUCUGAACUUGAAACUUGUCAAAACAUUAUUUUAGAAAAGAACAAAAUAGUUUUAGACAACUUGAUUCUAGAUCUACGACGAAAACUUGAGAAAUUCCAAAGUUCGUCAGAUGUGAUGAAUUUUUGCAUAAACAGUCUUCAUCUCAAAGACUCAGAAGAUGAGCUGUUUGGUGUUGGUUACAAAAAGUUUCCCCCACCUAUUAACCACAACUAUACAUCGACACCCUCGAUUGAUCCUGAAAUUGCAAAUUUCAUUUCGACUGAUCCAUUGACUGUUGAUCCUUUAAGUGAGCAAGAGUCUGGAUCCGAAUCUGAAUCGGAUUCAAAACAAAAGAGUUCGAGUGAUGCUAGAAUUUUAGAAGCUUUAAAUCAAGUUCAAAAUGUUCAAAAGUCAAAGCCUAACAACAAAGGUAAAAAGAAUGUUAAAAACAUUACAAGAACCAACUUUGUGAAAGGCGAAACCUUUAACAAUGAAAUUGAAAAUAUUGAAAAAGAUUCAAAUUCUGACUUUGUGAAACAAAGUGCAAAAGGCUCAAACGAAGCAUCCUCAUACUUGAGUAGUCAAUUUGAGGAUGAUCAACAAGAAAAGAAUGAAAAGAUUAAUAAACGACGAUGUUACAAAUUUCGUUUGAAAGGACAUUUAGCUGCAGAUUGUCCAAACGACAAUGGAAAGAGUCGUGUUGAUCCUGAUCUUGAUAAACCUUUUGUCACCAAACCACAAAAUGAACCUAAAAAGAAUGAAAAGAAAAGUGGUAAAACACAAAAGGUAGAAAAGCCUAAGGUUGUAAAACAUGAAAAUAAACCAGUUUCUAAACCAAAGGUUAAAAAUCAACAAAAAAAGGAUCAGGAAAUCGACCUUUCGGAUAAUGGUAGCGGUCAUGGUUCAGAUCGUGGAUUGGAAAGUUAUUCUGUAAAACGUGAGAGUCGUCAAAAAACCCCUGCUCGAUAA